GUUUGGAUGAGUACACUCAUCCAAACCUCAUCCAAACAAGGUGCUUACCAUAUCCAAUAUCGCCUCCUUCACAAAUCAACAAUCACGCCAUUGAUUCAACCUUCACCAUUCAAUUUCAUGACCUCACUCCACGUUUCAGAAGCGUCUCGUUCAGAACAUCAGCCUCAUAAUUCAUUCUCAGUUUUCCACUUAUCAAGCCUGAACAAACUGUCUCUUUGGACUAGAUACCGCCUUGGGUCUAGAUUUGGCUAUCCUCAAUCUCGAUUGUAGUCAUGGCUCAAGACUCAUCUGGUAGCCACAUUGUCAUGUGGCUACCUGCGCUGGCGUGGGUCAACUUUGAUAUGAAGGGAAUGGGUGACCUUGAAUGGCAUUCAGACACUCGACCUUUACAUUACUUCGAAAACAUCAUGCCUAAAGCUCAAACAAAACUUACUCCGACCCAAUCUCCUUACGGCCGCUAUCUCUACUUCUAUGUCUACGCCUCAUGUCACGUCAGCCAGUCAUCCAACAAGCGGUUCAGGAGCGUUGUCCCAAACCGGAGUGCCACACAUCACCCAUCAAGAUGA